AACAAUUCAACCAAUCGUAAUUAGAGAGAAUAAGAAGAAAGAACAUAAAUUAAGUAAACUGUUUGCAUUAUCUUGUCAAAUUAUACGCGGAAACUUUGGACCAAUUAAUUCAAGAUCAUCCGGAUCACUCUAUCGAGGAACUGCCAAAAACGGCACUCUUAUAGUUGAGACAAUUAUCAAUAGACAUACAUAUUACACAAUGGAUGAUAUAUGGGACGAUUCUACUUUUCUUUUAACAAUUGCCUUGUGGUCUGGAUUAUUAGUUAUCUUGAAAAGAAAACAACGUAAACAGAGAAGAUUUUGGGUGAGGCCUAUAUAUGAAAAUCGAUGUCAACAAGGAGACUUUGUUGCUUUAUUUCAAGUAUUAAAGGAUGACAGUAAAAUGUUUUUUAAAUAUACAAGAAUGACACUCGAGUGUUUUUAUAUUUUACUAGAAAUGAUAUCUCCAAAACUUGAAAAACAAAACUGGAGAGCUCUGCCACCUGAACUACGCUUAUCUUUAACACUCAGAUAUUUAGCUACUGGUGAUCAAGUAUCCUUAGCAAUGGCAUACCGUAUUGGAGAAUCGACAGUACGUGCUAUUAUAAAAGAAACAACUAAAGCCAUUUCGAGUGUUUUACUUCCUAAAAUAUUACAGCCACCAUCUGUAGCAGACUUUAUGCGAAUUAGUGCAGGAUUCCUUGAAAAGUGGAAUUUUCCAAAUUGUUUGGGUUCGUUUGGUGGCAAACAUUGCGUUAUUCAAGCUCUUUCACGAUCUGGCAGUUUAUACCACAACUAUAAAAAAACAUUUAGUAUAGUAUUAAUGGCUGCUUGUGAUUCAAAUUAUAAAUUCACCUUAGUCAAUAUCGGCUCGUAUGGAAGUCAAAAUGAUGCAGGUAUAUUUUAUGAAUCUGAAUUCGGAAGUAUGUUAAGAUCACAAAAGUUGAAUGUGCUGAGAAAAAAGGAAAAAUUGCCAGGAAGUAAUGAAACAGCUGGAUAUUUUUUUAUUGGAGAUGAAGGGUUUCCUUUAUCAAUGAAUCUAAUGAGACCUUAUUCAGGCAGAAACUUAAAUGAAAACAAAAAUAUAUUUAACUAUAGAUUAUCACGUGCACGAAGGAUGAUAGAGAAUGCAUUUGGAAUUUUAGUUUCUCGUUGGAGAGUACUACGUAAACCUAUAUGCAUGCAUCCUAACACUGUUGACAGUAUAAUCUUGAGUACAAUAUGCCUUCAUAACUUUUUAAAAAGUUUUGAAGAACAGCAGUCUGCAACCUAUAAUAGAGUUUAUUGUCCUCCUAACUUCACUGAUGUUGAAAAUAAUGGAGAUGUAAUAAACGGUGCUUGGAGAGAAAAUGAUGUACAUAUUCAAGGCAUUCCAAACAAGGCAAACCAUGCAAUGCUCGUCGAGCCACAAUUGAAGCAUAUGAACAACGAAAUAAACUCACAAAUUAUAUUUUAACUUCAGAAGGAGAAAUACCAUGGCAGUAUGAAUAUGUAAGAAGG